AUGGCCACACACUUCACACUCUCACUCUCCCCUCCAAAACCCUUCAAAAACUUCACUUCCUUCACCAAGAUCCCAUCUCUUCACUUCAAGAAACCACUCUUCAUAACCUCGAUUCAGUCACCAACGACACCAGCUGCACCAGUGGUGCAAACAUUCUGGAAGUGGCUCAGUGAUCAAGGUGUGGUGUCAGCCAAGACUCCUGCAAAGAUUGGUGUGGUACCUCAAGGCCUGGGACUGGUAGCACAGAGAGAUAUUUCAAGAAAUGAAGUGGUUUUGGAGAUACCAAAGAAGCUGUGGAUAAACCCGGAUGCAGUUGCUGCUUCUGAGAUAGGGAAUGUGUGUAGUGGAGUGAAGCCUUGGGUAUCUGUGGCUCUUUUCUUAAUAAGAGAGAAGUUAAAGGAGGAUUCUAUUUGGAGACCUUAUUUGGAUGUGCUUCCUGAUUGUACUAAUUCCACUAUAUUUUGGUCAGAAGAGGAGCUUGCUGAGCUUCAAGGAACCCAACUUUUGAGCACAACAUUGGGUGUAAAAAGUUAUUUGCAGAGUGAAUUUCUGAAAGUAGAAGAAGAAAUCCUAAUCCCUCAUGAGCAGCUCUUUCCUUCCCCUAUAACAUUGGAUGACUUCUUUUGGGCUUUUGGGAUUCUCAGAUCAAGAUCAUUUUCACGUCUCCGGGGUCAAAACCUUGUUUUGAUCCCCCUGGCAGACUUGAUCAACCACAGCCCUGACAUAACCAUAGAAGAUGGUGUUUAUGAUAUAAAAGGAGCAGGUCUUUUCUCCAGAGAUCUCAUAUUUUCUUUGCGAUCCCCCAUUUCAGUCAAGGCUGGUGAGCAGGUUCUUAUCCAAUAUAAUUUAAACAUGAGCAAUGCUGAGUUGGCUAUGGACUAUGGGUUCAUAGAAGUGAAGCCAGACCGCAAUAUGUAUACAUUGACACUUCAGUUAUCUGAAUCAGACCCAUUUUUCGGUGACAAGCUGGAUAUUGCAGAGACAAAUGGUCUGGGUGAGACUGCAGACUUUGACAUUGUUUUAGGCAAUCCUCUUCCACCUACACUGCUUCCAUAUCUGAGGCUGGUAGCAGUUGGGGGUACCGAUGCAUUCCUCUUGGAAUCUAUUUUCAGAAACACUAUAUGGGGCCAUAUUGAAUUGCCAGUAAGCCGUGCCAAUGAGGAGCUCAUAUGUAGAGUGGUCAGAGAUGCUUGCAAAUCUGCUCUUUCUGGAUAUCCUACCACCAUUGAAGAGGAUGAGAAGCUGAAAGGAGAAGAACUCAACCCAAGGCUUGAGAUUGCAGUUGGAAUAAGAGCAGGGGAAAAGAAGGUGCUGCAACAAAUCGAUCAGAUUUUCAAGCAGAGGGAAUCAGAAUUAGAUGAGUUGGAAUAUUACCAAGAAAGAAGGCUCAAGGAUCUUGGUCUAGUUGGAGAGCAAGGUGAAAUUAUAUUUUGGGAAUCCAAGUAG